GGAAGUUCUCGCGGGACCCCGACGAGGCGCGGGGAGCGGAAGCUAAGCUGCUGUGCUGCUUCCGCGACCGGGCGGCGGCAGCUGGCGAGGGGCGCCGGUGGCAACGGAGGCUGUGGCAGUGACGGCGGCAGGAGCGGGUGCUGCCCUCGCGGAACGGCACCGGGUCGGUGGCCGCUCGCUGCUCUGCGGAGGUGCCGGCCGGACGCAGAGUGGAGCAGCUGCGCCACGGGUGGCAUUGUGUGUUCCAGAGUGCAGCAGCGAGUCCCAGAAGAGUGGCAGGGCUGAGCCCAGAGCACUGGGCUGCUUCAGCAGGGAAGAAUCCCUUCCCCCUGCUUCAGGCUGCUGAGCCCUGAGCAGCGCUCAGAAUGGAAGCCAUCGCCAAAUAUGACUUCAAAGCUACCGCAGACGACGAGCUGAGCUUCAAAAGGGGGGACAUCCUCAAGGUUUUGAAUGAAGAGUGUGAUCAGAACUGGUACAAGGCAGAGCUGAAUGGAAAGGAUGGUUUCAUUCCCAAGAACUACAUAGAAAUGAAGCCACAUCCGUGGUUUUUUGGCAAAAUCCCCAGAGCCAAGGCAGAAGAAAUGCUUAGCAAACAGCGGCACGACGGGGCCUUUCUUAUCCGAGAGAGUGAGAGCGCUCCUGGAGAUUUCUCUCUCUCUGUCAAGUUUGGAAAUGAUGUGCAGCACUUCAAGGUGCUCCGAGAUGGAGCCGGAAAGUAUUUCCUCUGGGUGGUGAAAUUCAAUUCUUUGAAUGAGCUGGUAGAUUAUCACAGAUCCACAUCUGUCUCCAGAAACCAGCAGAUAUUCCUGCGGGACAUAGAACAGGUGCCACAGCAGCCAACAUACGUCCAGGCCCUCUUUGACUUUGAUCCCCAAGAGGAUGGAGAGCUGGGCUUCCGUCGGGGAGACUUUAUCCACGUCAUGGAUAACUCAGACCCCAACUGGUGGAAGGGGGCUUGCCACGGGCAGACCGGCAUGUUUCCCCGCAAUUAUGUCACCCCAGUGAACCGGAAUGUCUAAGCAUCAGGAAGUGAUUAUUUAAAGAAAAUGAAAUGUUUAAAACAAAAAGAAUUAAACCCACAAGCUGCCUCUAACUGCAGCCUGUGAGGGAGCUCAGAACACCCGCUGGGUCACCCUGGUGACCCUCUUCACUUUGGGCGGAACUUUGGGGGGUGGGAGGGGGCGCUGGAUAUAAAAAUGCCAAAACUUACCUAUAAAUUAAGAAGAGUUUUUAUUACCAGUUUUCACCGCUGCUCUUCUUUUCCCUCCUUUAUCCUUUUUUUCAUCCUUUUUCUCUUCUGUCCUUCAGUGCAUGAUGUUUAAGGCCAUCUAUAGUCCUAGCUGGCACGAGUAAUAAAGACAAGAGACCA